AUGUAUGUAAAUAAAAGUCUUAGAAGAGGCAUCUGCCCAUGUACAUCUUAUUGCAAUAAUUAUUUUUGCACUGACUAUUGUUGUACUGACUAUUGUUGUACUGACUAUUGUUGUACUGACUAUUGUUGCACUGACUAUUGUUGCACUGACUAUUGUUGCACUGACUAUUGUUGUACUGACUAUUGUUGCACUGACUAUUGUUGUACUGACUAUUGUUGUACUGACUAUUGUUGCACUGACUAUUGUUGCACUGACUAUUGUUGCACUGACUAUUGUUGCACUGACUAUUGUUGUACUGACUAUUGUUGCACUGACUAUUGUUGUACUGACUAUUGUUGUACUGACUAUUGUUGCACUGACUAUUGUUGCACUGACUAUUGUUGCACUGACUAUUGUUGUACUGACUAUUGUUGCACUGACUAUUGUUGCACUGACUAUUGUUGCACUGACUAUUGUUGCACUGACUAUUGUUGUACUGACUAUUGUUGCACUGACUAUUGUUGCACUGACUAUUGUUGCACUGACUAUUGUUGUACUGACUAUUGUUGCACUGACUAUUGUUGUACUGACUAUUGUUGUACUGACUAUUGUUGCACUGACUAUUGUUGCACUGACUAUUGUUGCACUGACUAUUGUUGUACUGACUAUUGUUGUACUGACUAUUGUUGCACUGACUAUUGUUGCACUGACUAUUGUUGCACUGACUAUUGUUGUACUGACUAUUGUUGCACUGACUAUUGUUGUACUGACUAUUGUUGUACUGACUAUUGUUGCACUGACUAUUGUUGCACUGACUAUUGUUGCACUGACUAUUGUUGUACUGACUAUUGUUGUACUGACUAUUGUUGUACUGACUAUUGUUGUACUGACUAUUGUUGCACUGACUAUUGUUGUACUGACUAUUGUUGCACUGACUAUUGUUGUACUGACUAUUGUUGUACUGACUAUUGUUGCACUGACUAUUGUUGCACUGACUAUUGUUGCACUGACUAUUGUUGUACUGACUAUUGUUGCACUGACUAUUGUUGCACUGACUAUUGUUGCACUGACUAUUGUUGCACUGACUAUUGUUGUACUGACUAUUGUUGCACUGACUAUUGUUGCACUGACUAUUGUUGCACUGACUAUUGUUGUACUGACUAUUGUUGUACUGACUAUUGUUGUACUGACUAUUGUUGUACUGACUAUUGUUGCACUGACUAUUGUUGUACUGACUAUUGUUGCACUGACUAUUGUUGUACUGACUAUUGUUGUACUGACUAUUGUUGCACUGACUAUUGUUGCACUGACUAUUGUUGCACUGACUAUUGUUGUACUGACUAUUGUUGCACUGACUAUUGUUGCACUGACUAUUGUUGCACUGACUAUUGUUGCACUGACUAUUGUUGUACUGACUAUUGUUGCACUGACUAUUGUUGCACUGACUAUUGUUGCACUGACUAUUGUUGUACUGACUAUUGUUGCACUGACUAUUGUUGUACUGACUAUUGUUGUACUGACUAUUGUUGCACUGACUAUUGUUGCACUGACUAUUGUUGCACUGACUAUUGUUGUACUGACUAUUGUUGUACUGACUAUUGUUGCACUGACUAUUGUUGCACUGACUAUUGUUGCACUGACUAUUGUUGUACUGACUAUUGUUGCACUGACUAUUGUUGUACUGACUAUUGUUGUACUGACUAUUGUUGCACUGACUAUUGUUGCACUGACUAUUGUUGCACUGACUAUUGUUGUAAAAGAAUUUUUGUAGUAUAA